AUGAAUACCACAACGCCCACGAAUGAUCCAGCUUCGCAAACUCCAACAGGGUCGUCUGGAGCUCCACCAAUGCGUAUCCGACGCCCAAGGGCAGCUGAUCCUCUUGUUCGCCCAAAAAAGAAGACUCUAUCGAAAGCUCCAAUCGGAAAUGCGCAAGUACUUAGAUCGUUUCCUACGCGACCGGCGGCGCCUAGUUCUCAACCCGAGAAAGUGAGUCUCCCUCCGGCGAAAAGUGAAUUUGCCGCGAACGGAUUUAGUGGCCCCCUUUUGUCGGAAACCUACGUGGACUACCCACUCGUGAUCACAAAGCGGGCGAUCAAGGAAGGGUUGAAGCAUCAUAUCGCUAGGUUCGCGUCAAAGAAAGUGGUAGAUCCUCGCGAUGAGUCUCAGUUUACUAGGCCGGUAAGGCUGCAGCGUCGGGAUCCCCGAACACGCCUACAUGAUUUGAACGCGGAUAAAGGGCACACUGGACAACGGUUUUCCUCUGAGACUAGCAACCAGAUUGACGAAAAUGAAAGAGAAGAAAUGGAGGCCAGAAAAGUCGCACGAGAAAAAGAGAGAGCAGAAAAUCUUGCACAGAUAGCCCCCUCGGUUGGCGCUGCUCCAAAACGAACCAAUGUGCCCAAGCAGAAGACGCAGCAGGUAUCCAAAACAGAUAUGACACCAGAGGAGAUUGCUCGAGCCCGAAUCAAGUAUGAGGAGGCUUUGCCUUGGCAUUUGGAGGAUUUCGACAAUAAAAACAUUUGGGUCGGAAAUUACGAAGCUGCUUUAUCGGAGACUCAUGCGGUUUUCAUUCUUGAGAGCACCGGGAAAAUGACGACGAUACCCGUUGAGAAGUGGUACCGGUUCAGCGCAAAGAAUCAAUUCAAAGCGCUGACCAUCGAAGAGGCCGAAAAAUUCAUGGCUAAGAAGAUCAAGGACCCUCGGUGGUUCAUGGAGAAACAGCAAGAGCUAGCUCAACGAAAGGAGCUAGAACAAUUCGCCAAACAAAGGAAAGUCUACGCAGGAAAACAGGGUACACCAGCAGCUGAGGGUCUAGAAGCGGACGAGAUGGAUUUCGAAGAAGAUCGGUUCGCCGACGAUGAAGAGCACGACGACCUCUUCAAUGAGGACGAAGAUGCGAAGGCGGCAGAGAAGCGCAUUAAACAGGAUCAACUCAAAGCCAAUGUCUUUGAUUUGAAAGAUGAGCAAGAGUACGAUCAGGAAGAAUUGAGAGAGAAGAAGGAAAAGGAAGCCAGACGGGUCCUUGGGAAGAAAGUACGGAAAGCUCUUCAAAAGAGGGAGAAGAACUUUGACUAUAGCAGCGGUUCUGAUGCAAACCCGUACACUGACGAUGAGAGCUCUGAGGAAUCCGAUCCGGAAAACCCCAAGGAAGAUGAUCGGAAACCUGACGAAGAAAAGAACAAAAAAGAUUCAGCCACAUCUUCCAAGGGCAACACUACUCCAUCGGGACGCCCCAGACAUGGUGAUUUACCGAAGAAAGCUGCGGCCGGUGCGUCACGAAAGCGCCUUGGAUCCCCCAAUGUGUCCGACGCGAGUGGAACAGACACGUCUCGCAAGAAGGGCAAAAAUAGGCAUUCGCCCUCACAGUCUUCCACUCAACCGGGCUCUCGUCCCAUGUCUCCAGUCGCUUCGUCAAUUCCGGCUGGCAAGAAGCGCGUACGGAACAUCCUUCCCGGCGCAGGUUCCACAAGUGAUGUUGAUGGCCCUGCAGGAUCUGGUGGGGAGAUGAGUGAGUCCGGUAAAUCUAAGAAGCUGAAGUUGAAUCCACCUUCGGUCAUAUCUCAGGGCGAUACUCCCCAGGGCUCGAGAGCUGCCAGCCCGGCACCGAUUCUUGGAAGAGGCUUCUCUGGGAGUCGUGCUAGUAGUCCCGACUCAUUGCGAGGUCAAACACGCGUUUCGACACCUGCACCCUCUACUGCGCAGGGAUUUCCUACUCCUGCUGAAAUCCAUGCUGCCAUUCCUGUGAGCGGUAUACUGAGUACCGAUUUAUUGAGAAUCUUCCGUCCUCGUAUUGGAGAAUCCCGAGAAAACCAUAGAAAGUUUAUCGCGAUUGUGAAGGACGUUGGUGUGUAUGGGAAGGAGGACCGCCUGCUGCGACCAGGUCCGUGGAGGGAGACAUAG